CCUCUCAUUAGAUAUAUCCUCUUCGCCGCGGAUUCUUUUCACCUUUCACCACUAGAAGAACAAAGCCAUAACCGAAGCCGUCAAUUCAAAAUUCAACUGCAAAAUUGAUUGUAUUUCUAAUUGAAAUAGAUCUACUGGAGUAGAAUACACUUCUCUGUUUUUCUGUUUACUAUUUUACAGAGAGAGAGAAAGAGAGAGUAAAGGAGGAUGAGUAGUAGCAGAGGAAAAAACAGUAGUAGUAAAAAUGGAGGAGGAAUUGGAGUAGAAUCAAUAAUACCAGGAGGUUCAAAAAAGAUGGUACAAAGUUUAAAGGAAAUUGUUAAUUUCUGUACUGAAGCUGAGAUCUAUGCUGUGCUCAAAGAUUGUAAUAUGGACCCUAAUGAAGCCGUCAAUAAGCUUCUCUCUCAAGAUACUUUUCAUGAGGUGAAGAGCAAACGAGAAAAGAGAAAAGAGAAUAAGGAUACAACUGAGUCUAGGUCCUGGGUUUCUAGUAGCACGUCAAGUCGUGCCAGUAGGACUGGUGCGGAACGAUAUGUUGGGCGUAGCGGGUCAGAGUCUACCAAGCCUGCUCCUGCUUACAGAAAGGAAAGUGGAUCACAUACAAACAACUUCUCUUCAACCCCUGGAGUUUUAGGAAGUAACAUAGAUAGGAGACCAACUGCUGUCAGUGAUGCUGCUGGAAAUGAAAGGAAAAAAUUGGCGCCAGCGGCAGUUGAUGGUCAUUCAGCUGCUUCACAGCCUUCUUCUGGAUAUCAACCUACUUGGGGUGGGGUGCCAGGUCAAGUAUCAAUGGCUGAUAUUGUGAAAAUGGGUAGGCCACAGAGUCAAGUGCCAAGUGUAUCGAACGUAUCUCACCGUACUAAUAUUGGUGUCAACCAAAACGAUGUUCGGGCGCCACCUCCUUAUGGUGCAUCACAUCAUAAUGUGCAGUUUUCUGAUGAUCAUAUGAAGGUUCACGAGGUACAUCAGGAACCAGGGGAUUAUUCAUCUCAGCAGCAAUCUGCGAACGAUGAAUGGCCGUUAAUUGAGCAGCCAUCAGCUGCUAGCCAGCCUGCUGUCUCGGAGCCUCCCACUGAUUUUGUGCAACAUCCUGAUCCAUCUGACGUGUCAUUUGACAGAAUUGAUCGCCAAACUGAAAUUGACGAGGCACAAGGGGGAGAUGACAGUGCUAAUGAAGAUCUCGGUAGUUCUCUUUCCAGUAGAAAGUUGCAGGAGGAUAAUGCUGAUAGUGCUUCUCUCGAUGACAAUGACCUCUACCAAUAUCAACACCAGAGUCACACUUUUGAGCAUCAGCAAGUUGAAGAUGUUAACGCCUCAUCUUCUUCAGUUGCUACGAACUUGCAACAACUAAGCAUAGAGGACGAUCGGGGUUUUCCAUCUGAUGGAGAUGGUCCGUCCGUUUUGAUUCCAGACCAUCUUCAAGUUCAAACUGCGGACUGCUCACACCUAAGUUUUGGUAGCUUUGGUGGUGUGUCCUUUUCUGGAUCACAUGCCUCUGCCCCUGCGAAGACUAGCUUGGAAGAUGCACCGAAGGAUGCGGAUAGUUCUUCAGUUGGGCACUUGGGCACCAGGGCUUCUGAAUACUAUGGCGAGGAAACUCUCAGAAAUGAGUCUGAUAGUAAUUUAUUCCAUAGAACUAAUGCAAGUUCUGGAAACUACGAUUUGCCAUCUGCUGCACAACCAGAAUCUCUGAAAGCAGAAACUAGUGAACAUGGGCAUCAAUACUCCUAUCCGUCCUCUGCUGCUAGCUAUUCAUACGAAAGUGCUCAACAAUUGAAUGCAGCAUUUAGUCAGCCACAGACAAGUUCUCAUAUGCAGAGUCUUGCUCCUUUUUCAAAUGUCUACACAAAUUCUUUGCAGAGUACCUUGUUGGCUGGUAACGUUCAUCCUGGUCGAGAGUCGGAGCUUUCGUAUUCCCCUUAUCCAACAACACAAACAAUGCCAACAAAAUAUGGCAACUCAGUUUCAUCAAUCAGUGGCUCAACAAUUUCCAUGCCUGAGGCUUUGAAGACAGUUGGUUUUUCAUCAGCACAGCCUACUCAGCAGCAGAUGCUUUCUGGAGCUAGCGUCGCCGCCGGACCUGCCGUACCGCAACAUCUAACUGUACACCCAUAUGCUCAACAAACUGUUCCACUAGGACCAUUUGCCAACAUGAUUAGUUAUCCCUUUAUGCAUCAGAACUAUCCAUACAUGCCGUCUGCAUUCCAACAAGCAUUUCCUGGUAACAGCACUUAUCAUCAGUCGCUUGCGGCAAUGCUCCCCCAAUAUAAGAAUAGUGCUUCUGUCGACAGCUUGCCACAGUCUGCCAGUAUUCCUUCUGGAUAUGGUGCUUUCGGAAAUACAACUGCUAUCCCGGGGAACUUCCCAAUCAACCCCGCUGCUGCUCCUUCUGGCACUAACUUAAGUUACGAUGACGUAUUGAGCUCUCAGUACAAGGAUACCAAUCAUUUGAUGUCUCUUCAGCAGAGUGAGAAUUCAGCUUUGUGGCAUCAUGGACUUGGUUCAAGAACAAUUUCAGCUGUUCCUGCCAACACGUACUAUGGCUUUCAGGGGCAAAAUCAGCAAACGGCUGGUGGAUUUAGGCAAGGUCAGCAGCCGUCACAGAGCUAUGGAUCUUUGGGGGGUUACCCACAUUUCUACAAUUCUCAGGCUGGUAUCUCAUUGGAUCAACAGCAGCAACAAAACCUUCGGGAUGCAGCAUCGUUGGCUGGUUCUCAAGGUCAGCCGAAGCAGUCUCAACAACAAAUAUGGCAAAACGGCUACUAAUCUUACUGCCUCCUUGUAUUUUCGGGGUCUUGUAAUGAGUGUUGAAAGUGGCCUUUCGAGCAAUUUCUGUGGAAAUAACCAUCGUUCAUGAUCCCCGAAGAGACUUGACCGGCUGCUGCCCUGUGCUACGAGGCUUUACUUUACGUGUUUAUCCUCAGAGUUAAAUGUAAUGUAGGAAUGUCUGAGCUAACACAGUACUAGUUGGCGCGUUUGUGUUCUCUUAACUCUUUGUUACACAGUUAACCCCCUUUCGCUGUUUUCUCAUCUAUAGUUAGUUGUGUUCUGUUUCCCACUAGUAAUCUAUUACCAUCUGCUUUCUGCUUUACUGUCCGGUGAAUUUUUGCGCAUAAAUGGGAUGAAAUAUUGGGAAGGUUAA